AUGGAAACACCUACUAAACGACCUCUUCUCAAAACCAUCUCCAGCAAAUCCUUCCGCCUCCGUUCCCCCAGUCUCAAUUCCGUCCGCCUCCGCCGUAUCUUCGAUCUAUACGACACCAAUCACGACUCCUUCAUCACCAUCGACGAGAUCAGUCGCGCCUUGACGCUCCUCGGCCUCGACGCCGACAAGUCCGAUUUAGAUUCCAUGAUCAAAUCAUACAUCCAUCCCGGCAACGCCGGCCUCACAUACAACGACUUCGUGAGCUUGCACAGCUCCAUAAACGACUUGUUGUUCGGCCUGGAGGAUGUACAAAAACCGGCGGCCACCAAGGAGGAGCUAGAGGAGUCGGAUCUAAAGGAGGCUUUUAAGGUAUUUGACGAAAAUGGAGAUGGAUUUAUAUCAGCGAAGGAAUUACAGAUGGUGCUUGGGAAGCUAGGGUUUACGGAGGCCACUGAGAUGGAGAGAGUGAAGAUGAUGAUCUCGUCGGUUGAUCUUAACCACGAUGGCAAAGUUGACUUUUCCGAGUUCAAGGACAUGAUGAGGGUCCUUGAUCAAUAA